AUGGCAUCGACAUGUUACAAAUUACUCUUCAAUUUUAUCCUAUUCAUUUUCACACUCUCUCCCACCUCAAGCCACCCGCUAGACCCUCUAUGUCCAGAAGAGCUAACCCUAGUCCGAACCAUUGUGACAUACUCAACCUCAAACAAUGACAUAAUCUUCAGUUACGUAGCAUUAGACGAACCAGAUAAACCCCUGGUUCUUUACUGGCUAUCAAACCCUACCUCCCCACCUCCACCUCGACGAGCCCUAGCCAUCACCCGGUUCGACAAAGAAACGCACGAAUUCAUCGUAGACUUAUCGACACAGUCAAUUAUAUCUGACAAAUUAGUUUGUGAUGAUCAAGGAUAUCCGACACUGACGCUUGGCGAAAGAACAGAAGUGUCGCUAUUGCCGUAUGCAUACGGUCCGUUUAUCGAAUCGAUGACCCGGAGAGGACUCAACUCGUCUGCUGCCAUAUGUUCUGCAUAUACACUCGGUUGGUUCGGACAAGAUAAGACCAAACGGAAUGUGAAACUUCAGUGUUUUUACUUAAAUAACGGGUCUGUUAAUUUUUAUGCUUUUCCGAUCGAAGGGAUAUGGAUGAUCGCUAAUCUUGAUAAAAUGGAGAUUGUUGAAUAUAGCGACAGGCACGCGAAACCCAUUCCGAAAUCUGAAGGAACUGACUAUAGAUUUUCCGAGCAGAAGCCUCCGUUUGGUCCACGCAUUAAUCCGGCGGCUAACUGUCAGCCUGAUGGACCUGGAAUUCAAAUUUUAGGCCAUAUGGUCAGAUGGGGCAAUUGGAAACUUCAUGUAUCGUUUGAUGCACGAGCUGGUCAGAUAAUAUCCACAGCACUAAUAUAUGAUGAAGAAUGUCAAAGGUAUCGUAGUGUAUUAUAUAGAGGAUACGUAUCAGAGCUAUUUGUACCUUAUAUGGAUCCGACAUUAGGCAGAUUCUCCGAUACAUUCUUUGAUGCCGGAGAAUAUGGUUUAGGUUACAAUGCAGUUUCAUUAGAACCAUCGACCGAUUGCCCUAAUAAUGCAAUGUUUAUGGAUGGUUAUUAUGCAAGUGAUGAUGGUUUGCCUGUAAUAGUACCCAGAGCAAUUUGCUUAUUUGAAAGAUAUGCAGGAGAUAUCAUGUGGAGGCACACUGAAACAGCCAUUCCUUCAACAAUAAUAAACGAGGUUAGGCCUGAUAGGAGUUUGGUUAUAAGAAUGGUUGCUACAGUUGGUUACUAUGAUUAUAUAUUUGAUUCGGAAUUCAAGCCAGAUGGUUCCAUCAAUAUGGAGGUUGGUCUAACUGGAAUUUUAGCUAUAAAGGCAACAGAAUACACUAACAACCUUCAGAUUGAAAAGGAAAUUUAUGGACCGUUAGUUUCGGAAAAUUCAAUUGGGUUGAACCAUGAUCAUUUUUUCAUGUACCGGCUUGAUUUUGACGUUGAUGGUAUCCACAAUUCCAUGGUAAAACGCAAAUUAGUAACCGAAAGAAACAGAAAUUCUGAUACACCAAGGAAGAGCUAUUGGACCGUGAUUAGCGAAACACCGAAAACCGAAUCGGAGGCAAAUUUUCAAUACGGUUUGGACCCGGUUCAGGUUCUGAUCGUUAACCCAAACAAGAAAACUAGACUUGGAAACAAUCAUGGGUAUCGUUUAUUACCAGCAUCAUUUAUACACCCACUUCUAACAGAAAAUGAUUACCCUCAAAUUCGCGCGGCUUUCACCGAGAAUGACGUGUGGAUUACCCCGUAUAACAAAUCGGAAAAAUGGGCGUCCGGAUGGUAUGCCGAUCGGAGCCGUGGUCAAGACACACUAGCCGCUUGGAGCCGCAGGGACAGGGAGAUUGAUAACAAAGACAUAGUUUUAUGGCAUCUGAUGGGGCUUCAUCAUGUUCCUAGCCAAGAAGAUUAUCCUAUAAUGCCGACUCUGAAGGCUCGGUUCGAGCUUCAUCCCAACAAUUAUUUUGAAAGAAACCCUGUCUUGAAGCUCAUUCCAACCUAGUUUAUAUAUGAUUGCUUCAAAGCAAUCAGAAUAAUGUUUCAUUAACUCUCGUUAAUGUCUACUAUUUCUAUAGUUUCUACUUGCUCCAUUAAAAAAGUUUAUAAAAGGCAAGUAGAUCUCAUACA